UGUAACUGAAACGUAUUUUACGUGGAGUCCUUCCUAGUACUAAUGACUUCUUUAAAACUCUUUUUUGUGAAAUGCUCCGUCUUGUCACUUCAGGACUCAUGUAUAUUUUACCCGAGCUGCGCGAACUGCUUGUCGAGAGUGGAGAGAAAGCAGACGGAGCAAAGGUACAGGUGUCUGAAGUGUGGCUUGAGGUGCGCGGUGCACCGUGUGGAGUACAGGUACAGGCUGGCGCUCAGUGUGCAAAGGGACUGUCGCAUCUUCCAACUGACUGUUUUCGGAAGCUGCCUGAACCCUCACUUUGGCCUUUCUGCGCUUUCCCUGCAUAGAUUGGUGGAAGAAUCAAAGAAAAUGGAAGAUCUGCAAGCGGAUCAUGUGCAACAUUUACUCGUAAAAGCAGUGGAAAAUUGCUUCAUAGGAAGAUGCUUUGUAUUUGGAGUAAAGAUGCCUGGCAUUAACCUGGAUGGAUCUCGGUUUUCUGGCAGCAGCUUUCCCACUUCUCUGAAUGGUGAAAAAAUCUCAGGACGAUUUAUUGCCAGCAAGAUAUUUUUGCCAGAUUCAGCUCUCAAGAGUUUCCCUGUUGUGCUGUACUUCAGAAGACUUCUCAAUGCAGGUAAACAUGCAGACCUCAGUCUCUCGCAAAAAUCCUGGGAAUCGGCUCGCCCAGAACAUGAGGACAGUGCGUCGCUGAAUGACUUUGAGUGCACUUUGGCCUCACACGGAAGGUCCCUCUUGCAGCAUAGCGAUGGAGAUACCUCGGCAUGCGGAUUCUUUCAACAGACACCGGGGCUAAUUAUGUCGCCAGCAGCAGAAGAAAAUUUUUGCACUACUCCAGAAGGAGUUGUACGAUUGCACAAAAAAAGGAAAAGGUGUAGAGGAUCUUUUGCUCAUGGGAUACCUCUCUGUCUUUCUCUUCAGUACUGCUCUUCAGAUAUAACGAGGAAGUGUAAGAAUAAAAACAAAUUGGAUGAAAGCUGUUUGGACUCUUCAGCAUGCUGUGUGUCAGCAGAUGAAUCUGCUAAGAGUAUCGUUGUGACUGACUUCAAAAGCAGCUUCUCCCUGCGCAACCCUUUGGAAUUAUCUCUGGCCGAUGGAACUACUUGUUUUGCAGCUUUGAAGCAGAGGAAAACAAAGACAUGA